AUGAGCGGUGUGUGGCUCUUUGUGUUGGCCGUGGUCCUCAACUGCAUAAAUCUAUUUGCCCAGGUACACUUCACGAUCUUGUACGCGGACUUGGAGGCCGACUACAUCAACCCUAUCGAACUAUGCUCUAAAGUAAACAAGCUGAUCACCCCGGAGGCGAUUCUACAUGGUGCCAUAUCGGUAUUGUUCCUCUUGACAGGUUACUGGUUUGUGUUUUUGAUCAAUUUACCAUUGCUUGCGUUCAACGCCAACAAGCACUAUCAUAAAUUGCAACUCUUGGACGCCACCGAGAUCUUUAGAACUUUGGGCAAACACAAGAAAGAGAGCUUUUUGAAACUAGGCUUCUACCUAUUGAUGUUCUUCUUCUAUCUAUACAGAAUGAUCAUGGCAUUGAUUGCGGACGCGGACUAA